AAAAUGAUGAAUUCUUGCCUCCUGUCUGUAUUGACUUGGAAUGUGUGCAGCACUGUGUAAUAUAUGAUGGCUAUACUGCUAGCUUACAUAUGGAUACUCCUGCAAUACGGUGUGCAGAAAUCAUGGAGCAAAAAAGCCAAAAUCCUGUUCACAUUCUAAAAGGUGGCUAUGAGUCCUUCUCUGCCCUCUACCCUUUUCUCAGAACUGUGAAGAUAAUUUACACACCUCAGGAGUUAGAAAGUCUGCUUCCUUACCCAGUGGAAAUAUUGCAACAUCGGUUAUACAUGGGAGAUCUGAAGCAAGCUGAAAAUCCCCAGAUGCUUAAGGAUUUGAAAAUAAAAGCUCAGGUGAAUGUGUCGGGUACUACGCCAAAUGUGUCAGUUAAAGGUUCAUCUCAUGUUUUAGACAUAACAGUUUCUGAGUCUACGGAUUCUGAUCUGUCGCUCUUUUUCCAGGAGGUGUGCGAAUACAUAGAUUCUCACCUUAACUCAAAACAUGCUGUGCUGGUCUUCUCCCGUCUUGGCAUCAGUCGCAGCAGCACUGUUAUAAUGGCUUUCCUCAUUUAUCAUCUAAAAUGCAGCCUGCAGGAUGCCUGGACACACGUGUUGAAGUGCAGGACCAGAGCCCGGCCACACCGGGGUUUUGUUCAGCAGCUUUCCACCUGGGAGGAGCACGUUCUUGGCAAUAAAGUGACAGACAUUUCUGAUCCAAACUUCUAACAUUUGAAAGGUUGUAAAGAAGCACAGCUACAAGAGGUGUGAGAAGGUCAGCUAAUUCCAUCACUUCAUUGCAGCUUUUAUAGAGAUGGAAGUAACCACCAACUGUAUGAACUGCUGGAAACCAAAGUUAUAAAAAAUGUGACUUCUUCUGUACUAAAAAGAGAAUGAGCUUCUAAAGCAGUCCCAAGUGGAAGGAAAAGAGAGGCUUUAGACUUGGGACAAAAGGGAAACUCACAUAUUUGUGUUCAACAAAUGAUAUUAAAUUUACUUAGUGAAUUGGUAUUUUAUUUUCUGAUAUCUGCAGUUCACCAAAAAGUGAUUUUGGAAGACAAAAAUGACAAUACAAUGAUAAAUUAUGCAAAAAUUAUGUACGAUUAUAGGCUUGCAGAGCAGUUACCAAAUCUCGUCCAAUGACUGCUCUGCUUGGUUACCACAUUUGCACUGUCAUCAUGAAUCAGGAAGAGGGUAAAUUCCAGAACACAAUUGUGCCAUGACUGAUUGUCAAGUGGUCACUUGUGGCUUUGAUAAUUGUGGCCUUGCUGCUACGUUCUGCCUUCAAUCAGACCACUGUAGUUUUGCUUAUACCCUAUUUUUGAAAUUUCUGAAAUGCAGUAUUUUUAAUUUUAAAUUUGUAGAAUACUAUUGUGACAGUGAUAGGUCCCAUGAUUGACUGUCAAUUAGUCACUUGCUGCUUUGCUAGGUGAGGCCGUGCUGCAUGGUCCUUCCUUCAAUCAAGCCACUUUAUUUUUGCAGAUACAAUAUUUUUUUGGUGGAUUUUAUGUACAAUAAUCUUCUUUAAUAUUCUUUGUAGUUAUUUUCUUUGGUUUUACCCAGAAUGUACAAGAAAUGAGCAAGGUCCUCGGAUGGAGAAAAGCAAAAAAUGAAAAUCUGAUAGCUCACAAUAUAACUUUCUCCUUCAGCUGCUCUACUUCAGCUCUCACUUUCCAGCUAUCUUCCUUUUGUCAUUGAAUUCCUACUUCUUGCCCGCUGCCCACUGGAAGCUGCUCAGCCAUGAUAUGUCUUGAAAAGCAACCUUCUCUGGUAUGCUCCAUAUCACAUUACUAUGAAACUGCAAGUGGUACACUCAAACUGAGGUCAGUUACCCUGAGACCCCACAUUUCUGGCCUACCACUUCUUUGAUUCAUGGAAUUCGCUCCAUUUCUCCAUCUAAAAGUUCUAGAUGUACAGCCCCUGACCGGAGCUUACUGGGGUUUUAAUUGGAAGAGAGAUUUAUAAGAGUAAACGGAACUGAGUAGUGAAUAGAGAAGAAUGUGUAGAUAUCAGGGUUUGAAUGUAGACCCAGGACCAGAGAGCCCUUGUAUUAUUUACUGAGGGGAUUUCUCAUCAUUCUGCAUAAGUUUGGGAAAAUAUCUAUUUAAACUUUAUGAACUGGUAGUGACACUGACACUCCUGUAAUGAAAUGUAUCAGUAAGUUACAUUUGCCUUUUUGUAUUUUGGUUCACACUUGGGGGACUCAACUGGGUGUCUGCUGAGUAGUACAAUAAUGUAAGUGACCAUCACAGCACUUUAUUAAAUAACGCAUAAAUGACUAACUGUAGGGAUACGCUUGAAUCAGAUGCUAUCAGGGGAGAGCGUCUUGGAUUGGCAAUAGUUUUUUUUAAUAAGUAAGCACAGAGUUAACCAGGAAUGAUUAGAGCUCAAUGGACUGUAAAACUGCAGUAACCUGAGAAGGUGAACAUGGGGGGAAGAGGGAAAGUGUGGUGUGAGCUAAAUCAUGUAAAUGCAUGGUCUAAUGUCAAAACCGAGUUAUUGAUUUUGUCAUUUUAUUUACAUUAAACAUGUGCCAUACAUGGUUAACUAAUA